GACACUGGAUUGCUUCUGUCUGGCGGCGGCAGCAUGGCGGCGGGGGCGGCUGAGGCAGCUGUAGCGGCCGUGGAGGAGGUCGGCUCAGCCGGGCAGUUUGAGGAGCUGCUGCGCCUCAAAGCCAAGUCCCUCCUUGUGGUCCAUUUCUGGGCACCAUGGGCUCCACAGUGUGCACAGAUGAACGAAGUUAUGGCAGAGUUAGCUAAAGAACUCCCUCAAGUUUCAUUUGUGAAGUUGGAAGCUGAAGGUGUUCCUGAAGUAUCUGAAAAAUAUGAAAUUAGCUCUGUUCCCACUUUUCUGUUUUUCAAGAAUUCUCAGAAAAUCGACCGAUUAGAUGGUGCACAUGCCCCAGAGUUGACCAAAAAAGUUCAGCGACAUGCAUCUAGUGGCUCCUUCCCACCCAGCGCUAAUGAACAUCUUAAAGAAGAUCUCAACCUUCGCUUGAAGAAAUUGACUCAUGCUGCCCCCUGCAUGCUGUUUAUGAAAGGAACUCCUCAAGAACCACGCUGUGGUUUCAGCAAGCAGAUGGUGGAAAUUCUUCACAAACAUAAUAUCCAGUUUAGCAGUUUUGAUAUCUUCUCAGAUGAAGAGGUUCGACAGGGACUCAAAGCCUAUUCCAAUUGGCCUACCUAUCCUCAGCUCUAUGUUUCUGGAGAGCUCAUAGGAGGACUUGAUAUAAUUAAGGAGCUAGAAGCAUCUGAAGAACUAGAUACAAUUUGUCCCAAAGCUCCCAAAUUAGAGGAAAGGCUCAAAGUGCUGACAAAUAAAGCUUCUGUGAUGCUCUUUAUGAAAGGAAACAAACAGGAAGCAAAAUGUGGAUUCAGCAAACAAAUUCUGGAAAUACUAAAUAGUACUGGUGUUGAAUAUGAAACAUUCGAUAUAUUGGAGGAUGAAGAAGUUCGGCAAGGAUUAAAAGCUUACUCAAAUUGGCCAACAUACCCUCAGCUGUAUGUGAAAGGGGAGCUGGUGGGAGGAUUGGAUAUUGUGAAGACGGGGUCUGGCUCUGUCACCCAGGCUGGAGUGCAGUGGCACGAUUAUGGCUCAUUGCAGCCUCGACUUCUCGGGGCCAAGCGAUCCUCCUGCCUCAGCCUUCUGAGUAGCUGGGACCACAGGCGUGCAGCACCAUGCCCACCUAAUUUUUUAUUUCUUGUAGAGAUGAGGUCUCCUGCCUCAGCCUCCCAAAGUGCUGGAAUUUACAGGAGUGUCGGCUGUGCCCCUUGUGAUGGAUGAGGAAGGGUAUCCACCUUUCUGAAUCAGACACAAGCUGCAGUAGCUUCCUGAUGCCUCAUUCACCAGGAUGGGUAACUUUAAAGACAAGUUUUAUAACUGGCAUCCCAUCUGGUUUCAGAGUCUUGGGGGCUUUUUUCAUACAGCUUUGUCUGAUAUUUAGAGACAUUCAGAUUCAGAAGACAUGAGUUCAGUUAGCUCAUGGGCCGGGCACGUGCACUGACUCACUGGCUGCAGCAGAACAUGUUGAGGAAGGAGUCUUGGUGCACUUAGGUCACUGUAAGGUUCUAGGGCUAGGAGCUGGGUUUUGAACCAGGAUCUAUCAGCGCAGCCCCAGUGCUGUGCUUGAAGCCUCGUGCCACACUGGCUUUGAGGUAGCACGCUGCAAGUUAGUGAGUGGAGUUGCCCAAGUCUGGGGCUUCUGAAAUGACCUGGUAUUUUUACGUUCCUGUUAGAAAUGGUGUGGCUUUUACAAAUUAAGUGCCAGGCUGGGCACAAUGGCUCGUGCUUGUAAUCCCAGCACUUUGGGAGGCGGAGGCAGGCGGGUUGCUUGAGCUCAGGAGCUUGAGACCAGCCUGAGCAACAUAGCGAAACCUCAUAUCCACAAAAAAUAAAAAAUUAACUGGUCAUGGUGGUGUGCACCUGUAGUCCCAGCUACUUGGGGAGCUGAGAUGGGAGGAUUGCUUGAGCCCAGGAGGUCAAGGCUGCAGUGAUCGUGCCAUUGCACCCCAGCUUGGGUGACAAAAUAAGAGCCUGUCUCAGAAAAAAAAAACAGAACAAAAAAACCUAAUUGCCCGGACCCGCAAAUUCUGACUGAAAAAGACCUUCUUGUUCUCCCCAUGGUCGUUCAUCUAAAUGGUUGUCAGUGGUACGGUGUUCAUCUUUUCUCAAAAAACCAAGUUUUAUUUGAGGAAGUUACAGAUUUCCAUAUGAACUCCUAGAGAGAGAGCCUGCCCUUGUUCAGGGUUGCCCGGGGGAUGCCUGCCAUGUGGUAAGGUAAGGGUUUCUCUGCCCCUCAUCUCCCAGCCUGCUGUCCCCAGGAGCGAGUUCCCUAACCCCUAGCCCUGUCGUUGAGCCCAAGCUUGUAACCUGGAUAUGGGAGCUGUCUAUUUAGGAAGAAGGCAUGCGUGGUAAUUUCUAAAUGAAUUAAAAUAGAUUUUUAUGCUCUUG